UGUAAUCAAUAAUUGUUUGUUUUCCGUCAAUGUGUUUUCCCGCCAAAACUUCAACGCCCAACAGGCUAUUCUCUGAGCUCACAUCCACUCUCAGAAAAGCAAUAGAAGAAUGCAAGAACAUGAAAGAGCUUACACAAAUCCAUACCCAAAUUAUUACUUGUCCUGAUAUGAAGAGGACCCAUCAGCAUUUCCUCUUAACUCGCAUCCUCUUCUUCUCUGCCUUAUCAAAAUUUGGCUCUCUUAGUUAUGCUACAAAACUCUUUCGUCUCAUAAAGAACCCCGAUCUCUAUGUUUACAACAUCAUGAUCAGAGCCUAUGCAUCAAAAUCCACUGAAACAAAUUAUCUGGAUUCGUUUCAGUCUUUGAAAUUGUAUAAACAAAUGCUUCGUAGUGGUAUUGCUCCUGAUUGCCUCACAUUUCCAUUCCUUUUAAAGGAAUGUACAAGGAGGCGUGAUGUUGUAGGGGGUGGCAUUCAUGGCCACGUCAUCAGAUUUGGGUUUUGUAAUGAUUUAUAUGUGCAAAAUUCUAUUAUAAGUUUGUUUAUGGCUAGUGGGUUUGUGAGUAGUGCAAGGAAGUUGUUUGAUGAAAUGUUGGAGAGGGAUGUGGUUUCUUGGAAUGCUAUGAUUAUUGGUUAUUUGAGAAGUGGGGAUCUUGAUUCGGCGUUGAAUUUGUUUCGUACAAUGAAGAAAAGGAAUAUUAUGUCCUGGAAUUCGAUUAUAACGGGGUUUGUUCAAGGUGGGCGUGCGAAAGAGGCAGUGGAAUUUUUUCAAGAAAUGCAAAGUUUGAGUGGUGAUGAUGUGGUUAGACCUGAUAAAAUUACAAUUGCUAGUGUGCUUUCGGCUUGUGCUAAUCUUGGUGCCAUUGACCUUGGGAAUUGGGUAUAUGGUUACUUGAUGAGAAGUGGACUUGAAUGUGAUGUGGUUAUUGGGACGGCUUUGGUCGACAUGUAUGGUAAAUGUGGUUGUGUAGAUAGAGCUUAUUCUGUGUUUAAGGAAAUGCCUAAGAAGGAUACUAUGGCAUGGACAGCGAUGAUUUCAGUGUUUGCCCUACAUGGGUAUGCUAAGGAGGCUUUCAAUACUUUUGAAGAGAUGGAAUCAGAAUGCGUAAAGCCAAACCAUGUGACAUUUGUGGGGCUACUGUCGGCUUGUGCUCAUUCUGGUUUUGUAGAGAAAGGUCGCUGGUGUUUUGACAUGAUGAGACGUGUUUACUUGAUGGAACCACAGGUCCAUCAUUAUGCUUGUAUGGUUGAUAUUCUCAGUCGAGCUGGGCUCUUUGAUGAGGCAGAAGGACUUAUUAGAAGCAUGCCGAUGAAGCCAGAUGUGUUUGUUUGGGGCGCAUUACUUGGGGGCUGUCAAAUGCAUGGGAACGUGGAGUUAGGAGAAAAGAUAGCACUCUAUUUAAUUGAUUUAGAACCUCUGAACCAUGUUUUCUAUAUGAACUUGUGUGAUAUAUAUGCAAAAGCUGGUAAAUAUGAUGAUGUAAAGAGAAUUAGAGUGUUGAUGAAAGAAAGAAGUAUAAAAAAGGAAAUGCCAGGCUGUAGCUUGGUUGAAGUAGACGGAACUGUUCAUGAAUUCUCUGUGACAGGAUCACCUGAGGUAGUGAUAGAGGAACUGGAAUGGGUCUUGAAUGAAAUAAGUAAUCUGAUGAAGAAUGAAGGUAUUGUGCAGUAUAUUAGAGACUUCGCAAUGGAGGCUCAGAUGUCAUGAUC